AUGCUUUCGUUCGCCACUGCCAUAGACGACCCGAAUUACCAAGCCAAAGUAGACCUCAUCGGAAAGCUCGUUGCUCGACGACCCAUGUUCGCCGCAGGAAAUUACGCCAGCCAGAUCCUACCCAGACUUUACCUUUCCGACCUCGCGACGGCGUCCGACUACGAUACGCUCACUCGGAUCGGGAUCACGCACAUUGUCUCCCUACUCGAUUGGGAGCCUGAACUUCUCCCGCCCAAAUCGAACAUCACACGCCUGCACAUCCAUUUGGCCGACCGCUUCGACACGGAUAUUCUUUCGCAUCUGCCAAAGACUACGGAGUUCAUACAUAAUGCACUUGAGGAAAGUAAGAGCAACAAAGUACUGGUACAUUGCAUGAUGGGCAUGUCUGCCCGGGAAGCGGUCACGUUCACUCGCAAUCAACGCACGGUCGUGCGACCAAAUAUCGGCUUCGCGAAGCAGCUUGAGGAGUACGCGCGCCAAUACCCGUGGGGUGAUUCCGCUCCCGUCACUUCUUCGAAGGUCGCAGGACGAUUGCGGAGGUUACUUGAAGGCCGGCCGGCUGUCGAGGGUACCACUGUUGUCUCGAGCACCACAACCAAGAAGCCAGAAUCCAGGACAGUGUCGGUGUCGACGGUUACCGUACUCAGACGAUAG